AUGCCAGCACAACCUGCGUCGUCGACAGCUCGAAGCUUUGAGAGUAGUCUAACAAGCCCGACUUUGGAGACGUUGCUUGAUGAGGAGCAUUGCAGGGCUGUGUUCUUUGAGUUCAUGAAGGAGGGUUACUGUAUUUUCAUGAACGCCGAAACCGAGGAGCUUUCCGACACAAGAAUCGAGCACAUAAUGCAACAGUUCAUGGCUUAUUUUGAAGGAGCUCGGCAGGAGGUGGAAAGCGACGUGCAAAAACUUCGAGAUGAACUUCUGAGGAAGGAGGCCACCUUGAAGCGCAAACAGGAUAGGUCUGAAUUCGAAAAGCUAUUGGAGGACAAAGCAACGCUCGAAAAGCUGCAGGGCGAGUUGGUCAAAGCGACUGAACGAGGGAAGAUCGACUUACAAACAAUCGAGGAAACCUUGCUGGUUAAACAGCAAGAGCUGAAGGAUAGCACCGAGACCACAAUCAGCAUUCAGGCAAGCAAUGCAGUGCUUCAGAAGCGGAUUGAGGAACAGCGAUUCUCGAGAGAAGACAUAGAACGCAUGGCAGAGAGGUUAGCUGGCAGGAACACAGUGUUACAAGCCAUGAAGGAAAGUCGGUUGCAAGUUGAAAAGGAGGCAUGCAAAGAGGAGGUUCAAAAGGUCAAGACCAUGGAGGGGAUUGAGCAAUCAGCAAACAAGUUCAAUGAGAUGGCGACCAGGCUCAAGCUUAUCCCUCCCUGCAGCAAGCAUGCUCAGGGGCGUUGCUUCUCUGUACGAGUUAAUCCGCAUGCAACAAACAUUCGGGAUGUGUUGUCUGACAGCAUGCCCAAGGCAGAUAUCCGUGCAGCUAUUCAAGAAGUGACGCAAAAGUACUCUUCGAAAGAACAGCGAUUGUAUGAGGAGCUGGCAACACUGGACAUACAGCUGGCUGAGGAGUCGGAAGAGGUUGCUAAGAUUGCUGCCGAGCUGGAAACCAAGGAGGAUGUGAAAAAACGGGAGGAGGAAGAGAUGGCGCAGGCAUCUCAGCGUGCUCAGCAGGAAGUUCAGGCGCGCUUAGAAGACGUAAAAAGGCGCGAAUUACUGGCACGCGUGGAAAUCGAAAAGCGAGCAACAUGUCUAGACACUCUGAGGCAGGAGAACCAGGAUUGUGACGUGCAGCUUAAACAGCAGGGCCAGGCAGAGCUUCAAGCGAUGGAAGAGAUGAAAGAGACAGCAGUGCGUCUGGAAGGCAUGUUGGAGAGUCACAUGAAUUUGGUUCACAAAGUUGCUGAUAGUGUUGCUUUGCAUGCUCAGAAGUGUCUUGAUGGACUUGAGGAGCUACCUGUGUGA